CCCCUCUGGGGAAGACCGCCAGGGGGACGAGGAGCAACAGGAGUUGUGGGGAAGUAUUUGGAGGCAGACGAAGAUGUGUAUAGAUUUCAAGAAGUUGACAGUGGCGACGAAAACAAUGGCGCAUUAUUAGAUCAGGGUUACAACAUGGCUUCAAGUGUUUCGAACGGUAAGCAACCGUUCAAUCCGGAUGAACUUUACUUCAACGACAUGGACAUAAGAGCAUGGGAGCGGCGCGCGGCGGAACAAGACGGGUUAGCCUACGGCGAUGACUACGACUAUGGCUACGGCUAUGUGGAAGACGAGGGAUACUACGAGGAUGCAGGCAACAUGAUAUCUCCCGCCGAGUACGAAGAGCUCUUGUUCCAGCGCACGCUGGACAAGAUUCGAUUGGCUAGGGCCACGGGUGAAGCGGAUGUAUCACUUUCGCCUGAAGAACUCGAAGUGUAUCAGAACCGAAUGUGGCGGCAGAGGGCGCCUGCAGCGCGCCCACAAGCUAGACCCAUGCCGCACAGCGCGCCUGUGGUUCCUUCGGCCACCACUUCCAGUUCUACUAGCGCACCCGGAUCGAGCAGCCCACGAUCGAAAAAGAACCAGCGCCGCUCAUCGCUCUUCGGGGGAAAGGACAAGUCGAAGAAGGAGAAGUCUGGCAAUCGAGCCCGAGCAACGUCCAACGCUACCGAAUCAACCAUCCAGCAGGCUCCACCAGGCUUUCUCGUGCCAGGGCCUAACGGGCAACCGAUGUUCGCACCCAUCAACGCCUAUCAAGCCAACAAUGGUCGUGAUACCCGCCAGCCGGGUCCGAAAGACGCAAGACAAUCACAGACUCCUCCACAAUCCCCCUUACGACUUACAACAACUUCAAGAGAUAUCCCUGGCGCUUUCCCAAGUUCUCCUGUAAGCCUUCGUAUGCCAACUCCACCUUUGACUGCACGGCCGGGAUCCUCGUCUUCUCGCCUAUCUGCCCAGGACCACUCAGACCGUCAGACUUCUUCAGGUGGCCGCAGCCGUUCGUCCCCCACGUUGCAGCCUCCCAAAUUGGUUCCUUUCCCUGUGGCCGAGUACAAGCACCACAAUACUGAACCUUUUCAAUACCAAGCCGCAGGUCACCUCGCCCAACCAUCAGCUCAACCCCAAUAUGCUCGAAGAGUAGCUCCUGCCGAAUCGCCUUAUGCAACAAUGCCGCGCCGUGUACCGGUCCCCGGUCAGCCAUCGACAGGCAGGCAAGGCAUUUCAAGCAGCAACUCUGACUCUGCAAUUUCACGCGUGGGGGCAAUGGUCGAUGCGAUCGAAGACGGGGCACACACUGCCUCGCCUACCGAUGACAGCGGUUCCAGCGUUCAAGCGGGAAAGAUUAGUGGAAAGCAAGGUUCGGGUAGUGGUGCCGGCAAGGAAGGCGAAAGGCGUCGGAAAAGUGGACGAAGUCGUCGCAAGAACUAG